AUGUCGAACACAAAUACAAAACCCGUUAUAAACACUUUUUCAAUAAAAACAAAUGUGACCAAUAGAUUUGCCGAAACCCUGGUUACAAGUGUUGUGCACAAUAAUGUAUCUUACCCGAGAGAAACCACUUUUUCUGUUGUAAUACCAGAGUCGGCCUAUAUUACGGAUUUUUUUAUGGAAAUAAAUGGCGUACCAUAUAAAUCAUUUGUUGUUAGCAUUGAUGAAGCACUAAAGUAUAAUAAAGGUGAUGGUAACUCUAAUGCACACGUAAGAGUUAGAAAUUCGAAUGAGUUUGAAUUAACUGUUAAAUUGGAAGCCAAUGGAACAACAAUAUUUAAACUUUAUUAUGAGGAAAUUUUAAAGCGAAAACAAUCACGUUAUGAAAUUAUAUCCAAUAUUUUUCCUGGACAACUUGUCGAAAAUCUUGAAGUUGAAGUUUUUAUAACAGAAGAUGAUAAAAUAGCCUACAUCAAUGCACCUUACUUAAGAACCGGCAAUGCAAUUCUGGAAAAUCAAAAAAAAUUUAAAGCUGAUGCUGAUGUUUAUGUUAACAAUGAAUUAGGCCAUAUACGAUAUACUCCAGGAAAAGAUAAACAGCGCAAGCUAGCUUGUAGCCUAAAUAAAAAUCAAAGAUUUGCCGCACAAUUGGUUGUAGAAUAUGAUGUAUUAAGAAGUACUUCAGUUGCUAGCAAGGUUUACUCCGAUGGUGUAUUUUUUAUAACAUUUUUUGUACCAACCGACUUAAAACCGUUGACACAACAUAUAACAUUUGUCCUAGAUACAAGUUCCAGCAUGUGGGAUGAAAAUAGAUUAGUCAAUUUAAAAGAGGCGAUGCAUUUAAUUCUUGAAAAAAUCAACAACAAAUCUGUUUUUAAUAUCAUAUCUUUUAACUCAGAAGUUUAUUCAUGGGAUAUUGCAAAUCAUAUGUAUCAAGCAAAUAUACACAAAACAUAUCCAGCAACCAAUCAAAACAUCCAAAAUGCAUUAUCUAUGAUAGAAGAAAUGCAAGCUCUGUCUACCACAGAUACAUAUAUGGCACUUAAAACUACAAUGGAGCUAUUAAAGAGCAUUCAGAAAAAUAAUCCAACAUAUACUUCCAAAAUAGUUUUUCUUACUGACGGUAUCCCAUUUGGAGGACGUACAACAAAUCUUGAAGAGAUAGUCAACACGAUUUCAAACCAAAAUAGAGAUUUAAAGGUUCCAAUUUAUACCAUAUCGUUGGGCAAAGGCGCCAGUAGAGAAUUUUUGCAAUCAUUAGCUGGAAAAAACUAUGGAUUUGAAACUUACAUUUAUGAUGGUGCUGAUAAAACACUUCAACUUAAAUUUUUUUAUAAUGAAAUUAAGGAACCUAUAUUAAAAAAUGUGCAAUUCAAAAAUUUAAGUGAUAUCACCGAUUUUACACACUCAACAACUUCUCUUUUGUUUGAAGGCUCAGAGAUUAUAGCCGCUGGAAAAGGGGGGAAUUGGAAAAUAUCCAGAGGUCAAAAUACAUUUUCAACAACAGGAUACACCAAUGGAGAAAUGAUUGAAUAUAAACCAGAUGUAAAAAUACCAUCAAAAAAUUUGGACCGCCUUUGGGCAUAUUUAUAUGUAAAACAGCAACUGGCUCUGUCAAUUAGCUCAGAUACCAAUAAAGACGAAUUUAAACAAAGAGCUAUUAGCGUAGCUUUAAAGUAUUCUUUGGUAACAGAAGUAACAAUGCUUAUAGUGGUUAAACCAACUGGGCAGAGUUUAAAUAAUAUCAUAAAAAACUACCAAGAUCCAGUAAUGGACCAGGAUGACUUAUGUAAUGAUGAGGAACCUCCAAAGCCGGUAUCAGUUCCUGAUGUUUAUACACCACCAACAAAACCAACAACUCCAAAGCCCAUUCCAAAAUAUUAUGAUCCUGCUAAUUGUCUAUUGGAUAUUGAUGAUAGUGCAUGCGAAAUAAAAUCAUAUAAAUGGGCUUUUGAUAAGGAUUUAGGAGCUUGCAGACUACUUGAGUAUGGGGGCUGUCCUGGAAACAAGAACAGAUUUAGUACUGAACAAGAAUGCCUAAGUAGUUGUGGGAUUGUAAACAAAGAUGAUGAAAAAUGUUCUCUACCUCUAAUGAGGGGUCCUUGUGGAGGCAAUUUUACCAAAUGGUAUUUUGAUAAAAAUGAUCAGAAGUGCAAGAAAUUUUUAUAUGGAGGAUGUAAAGGCAACUAUAAUCAAUUUGAGGAUAAAGUGGAUUGUGAGAGCGAUUGUUUGAAAAGUGAACAAAACGGCAUUUGUGAAUUUGAACCUGAAUUUAAUAAAUGUGGAAAAUCUGAAACGCGCUAUUACUUCAAAAAUGGCAGAUGUACUACGUUUCGGUAUACAGGAUGCAAUGAGUCCAAGAGAGGUUUUCUUACUCUAAAAAAAUGUAUAUCAACAUGCGAAGUGAAUUCAAGAAACUGUGAACUUCCAAUGAAUCCUGGUUAUGGUAAUGUCAAUAGUAUUCGGUGGUAUUUUAACCCAGAAAUAGGCUCAUGUCUAAAAUUCAAAUAUGGCGGACUUGGUGGUAAUAUGAACCGUUUUGAAAAAGAAGAAGACUGUAAGCAUAUCUGUCAAGAAGUGAAUACCAUAGAUAAAUGUAAUCUUCCAAAAUCCCCAGGAAUAUGCAAGCAAACACAACAAAGAUAUUAUUUUGACAAAGAUACACUGGAAUGUGAGCUGUUUGAUUAUCAUUGCUAUGGAAACUCAAAUAAUUUUAUUUCAUAUGAUGAAUGUAUUAACGAAUGUUCAAAACCUGCUGUUUAAAAACCUUAUAAUAUAAUGCUUCUUUUAUUAUUAUUAUUAUUAUUAUUAUUAUUAUUAUAAAGUAAGAAUUCGUGAAACGUAUCAUCACAGAAGAACUAAUUUAAAAAUAAUAUGAAAAAAUAGUAUCAUUUUAAUAAAAACAACGAAUUCCCAUAUCAUAAAUAAAAAAAUUCCAAAAUGACAGGCAUUUUCAAACUACAUACUUCUAAGAAUUUGAAAGUGUUUUCUUUUCUGAAAAAAUAGACGCGGGGCGCUCAAAAAUGAUUCCGCGGCAAUUUAAACAAUGUCUGUAUGUAUAUUUUUUUGUUUUUUAUGCUGAAAUUUUUUCAAACAAAUUGAUAAAAAUAGUACCUACAUUAUAGACAAAGUGGAUAAACUACAUAUUAAUAGUAGAUGGUGUGCUAGGCAAUUAAUAAGCUUUCGCCGCCGUGUUUCAUAUACUUUUUUAAGCGUUUAAUUAAAUAUUUUAAUAAAAUUUUAUCAAACCAUUUUUCCGUUAUGUUUAAUUGACAUGAUAACAUUUUAGCUUUAUUUCUCUUAAGGCAAAAUUGUUAUACAAAUUUUCUUGAAUUCGAUAAAU